AUGAUUCUUCAACAAGUGGUGGGGUUUUUGUUAGUGGCGAUAUGCUGGGGUUCAACCAAUCCAUUCAUCAAAAAGGGCAGUGAAGGAUUGGAAGCCGUGAGCCAACGCUAUCCGCAAGGUGGUAUAAAACGAUGGACCGCUGAGCUCAAGUAUCUUUUAACGCGUUGGCAGUAUGUGGUUCCAUUGACACUCAAUCUAAGUGGAUCCGUCGUUUACUAUUAUACCCUGGGAAAAUCAGAAAUGUCUUUGGCCGUCCCCAUCACCAACUCGCUCACAUUUGUAUUCUCUUUACUGACGGGUCUGAUGCUCGGCGAAAAGUUGCACGGCAAAGGCAUGGGACUGAUUCUAGCUGGCAUUCUCAUCUGUGUCAGCAGCAAGGCCUAA